AUGCUGAGUGAACGCCGGCCACCCACGGUGAACAGUCGUGUUAGCGCCUUCCUGGAAAGUCAGCACGGCCUGAUGUCUUAUUACGCCGCCGAGGGAAAGGCUGUUACCGCUACCUGGCCCAAACAGUCUUCCGGAGAUUUGCGCGUGGGUAGUCCGAUACUGGUUCCCAGAGCCGCGACUGCCAAGGGCAAUGAUAUUUGUACCACGCUCAAUCGUGAAGCUCCUGACGAGACGGUACCUGCUUGCCGAAUCGACACAGACAAAUCUUCAGCGGACCCAAUGGCCGUAUUGCCAAAGCCAAACCCAGUCAAGUCCCCCAAAUCUGCGCGGGUUGCUCCAAGUAAAUCAAUGAAUCCUCCACGUAAAUCAGUAGGGCGAGACCAAGGUUCAGAUGAUGAACCUGAGCGCUUGCAAAGGUUGGAACAACGGCGGAAUCGAAGGCGAGCUCGGCGCUAUGCUAUGGACGUCGCCGAAGGCGCCACUAACCGAAGAGACGAUGCUUCUGAAAUCGAUCUCAGUUGCAAGGUUAGUAAACGACAAAAAUUACAGCCCGAGGACAAAACGAGCAAAAAGAAAGAGAGGGUCAAGACUGCCCCUGCACUGUUACUGAUGCAAAAAUUUUCUUCUCAAAACUUGGGAAAGUCGCGUUUGACGGUGCGGCCAAGCCCAACCGUUGGCGUCUUUAACAAGGGCAAGAACUCAGGGAAAAUAACAAAGAAAAAUAAGCGAACGGCGAGGGUAGUGCCCAAUAUUGUGUUCUCUGAAUCUAGAUUUCUCGACAAGGCAGCACCUCCCUGCUCUGGAGAUGAAGAUACAGAGCACCAUUCAGAUUGUUCAGAUGAUCACAGUGCUCAUUCCCUAGCUCAGCGUGCCUGCCGCGAAAAAGACCGAGCACUCAAAUCUAGUCAACACUCUAGUACUAAAGCGCUUAUGAACCGAGUAGCUCGCCCUGGGUCCCCUACUGGUUCAUCUUCAUCUCGAUCUGUUCGUGAAACAUCACCUACCUGGGCCAUCGAAGAAACCACGCUUUCAGUCUCGAGCUCCAUCAAGUCAGCAAAUCAUUCAGCUGGCAAUCCAUCAUAUCCAGCACGAAACAACGUUAUUAUUGGAACUGAGCACUCUGUUUGGGCUUCCAGGCUCCGCAACUCCUGUCAGCGCGUAUCGACAGCCCCGGUGAACACGGAUCCGAACCCCAGAUCUUUCCCACCUCACCCGCCCGCCCAAACCCGGACCACUUCAGCAUACUUUGCGUCGAUGGCCACACAAGAGCAAUCACAGCUAUCCACUGCGCCGUUGAGUGAAUUGGAUGGAGCUGAAGAUAAACGGACGAGCCGCAAGAAGAUUUAUCGCACCUCUGGUUCCUUGUAUUCAGGAAACCCACCCAGCACACCAGAGUGUCUACAACAAUCCAAGUGGACCCAGUUUCCAUCACCCUUGGAAACAACCUGUAGCUUUCAAGAGGGUAGCGCCCAUAAUGAAUGGCGCACGGAAGAAAUUGAAUCACAGGAAGGAAUGAGCUAUGGCGUUUUGGAACCUGCCGAAUAUAUGGAACAGCCGAGUGGAUGUGGAUGGAAUGGCCCCGGUAUUCCGAACCAAGACAAAUGGAUUCCCUCACAUGGAGCAUUUUCUAUUGACGAAGAUGAAGAUUACGAGAUCCAUUCCGAUACUCUUGGCAAGGACGCUCCAUUCUACGCUGGAGCGCAGGUUUUGAAUGAAGAUACUGGGUAUUCGUACGAAGACACCGAGUUUGUGCACGAAGAUACCGAUUAUUUGGAUCAGAGCAUGGAGGCGGAUCACAUGUUUCGACAAGAUGUCGACGACCUUGGUUAUAUCGACUAUGAAGAUGAUUUCUCUGAAGGAUAUAACGCAUACAUGGAACCCACACGAGAACAUGCGCUUUAUAAUCCGAGCAAAUGGUCUGCCAAUGACCUAGUGGAGAGCGUCGAUCCUAUCUGUAUCGAACCAGAGCCUGAUACACUGGAUCAGAGCGAGAUUGCAGAAGCGGAAGAUGAAUGGGCAGAGCAAGCACCUCGUUUGCUACACGUCAUAACUGAGGAAUCGUUGCAAGAUGAUCUCAUCAGAUCAAUGAAUGGGCACUGGAAUGCUGCUCAUAGGCUUUAUUGA